UGCUGUGGCGUGGAGCGCAGUUGGCCAGACAGAGUGCAGCGGUGGCAAGGCAAUCUACCUAAAUGGGGAGCAAGCGUCGUUAGGACUUAGUGGCGCUGGAAAACCGAGAUUGGCUCCCUCCCCUGACCCUUUUUGCUCCUUGUCAUUGAUGGGAAAUCAACUGGAUCGGAUCACCCACCUGAAUUAUAGCGAGUUGCCCACGGGGGACCCCGCCGGCAUCGAGAAGGAGGAACUCCGCGUCGGGGUCGCCUAUUUCUUUUCAGAUGAGGAGGAGGAGAUGAUGGAUGACAGGGUGACAACCCAGCAAAGCGCUAAAUUCGAGGAGAGCAGCCCGAACCGAGAAGGCCACCUUGUGCGAAACGAAUUGGAGUUGUCUGCCUUCUGUAGCCAGGAAUGUAUUUUUUCCAAACUGAGGGGCAACGAGGAGCUGCGUGUGUACCCACUGAAGACCCUUCACAGUAUGUGCAAACCAGGAGACCUACUGGAGUUGAUCGCUGACGAUGGCCGCUCUCCACACUGGGCAGUGUAUGUGGGGAGCGGACAGGUCAUUCACUUGCAGAGGGGCGAAAUCCGCCAAGGCAGCCUGUUUGAGCUCGGGGCUGGACGAAUGGGUCGUGUGGUGAAUAACUGGUACCGUUACAGACCCUUGCCAGCAGAUCUAGUACUGCAAAACGCAUGUGGGCACCUGGGCUUGAGAAGUGACGAGAUAUGCUGGACGAAUUCAGAAAGUUUUGCUGCCUGGUGCAGAUUUGGGAAACGCGAGUUCAAAGCCAGCGGGGAGGUGCAGACUGGUCACCAACAAUAUUAUCUUAAAGUCCAUCUGUCUGAAAACAAUGUGCAGACUUUGAGAUUUCAGAGCCUUGAGGACCUUGUAAGGGAGAAACGCAGGAUUGACAGCAAUGGAAGGCUUGGUUUUCUUAAAGAAUUUUCUAUACCAGAUGUUGAAGACUAAAAAAGCAACGUUUCUAACUUCUCACCUUGAGUAGAUAUGCUGAAACAUGCAUGCCCAAAAGGCUAUCCGCAUUAAAUGCGUAGUUUAGUGGGUGAUACUUAACACAACGCAGUUUGCUAAUCCGUUGUGGCGUUUUGUGUUUCCCACUUUACUGGUUAGGGCAUGCACGAAAAACAUCAUUGAUGGAUCAAAUUAGUAAUGUAAAUUUUGCUAUUACAGACUGUGGCAAAAUACGAAUAAAGGUAAAACUUGUGGUA